AUGGGGUACACAGAUCUCGAUUGGAAGGCCAUCAACACCAUUCGACUACUUGCGGUCGAUGCCACUCUAAAGGCAAACAGCGGCCAUCCGGGCGCUCCCAUGGGGUUGGCCCCGGCGGCCCACGUCCUGUUCAACAAAUUCAUGACCUUCAACCCCAAAAAUCCUGACUUCAUCAAUCGCGACCGAUUUGUCCUCUCGAAUGGCCAUGGUUGCAUGUUGCAAUAUGCUCUCCUCCACCUGUUCGGCUAUGCCAUCUCGAUGGAUGAUUUGAAGCACUUCCGACAAGUCGAUAGUAUCACUCCAGGCCAUCCUGAAGCUCAUGAUACCCCCGGGAUUGAAGUCACCACUGGUCCUCUCGGUCAAGGUUUCACCAACGCAGUUGGUUUGGCCAUUGCUCAAGCUCACACUGCCGCUGUCUUCAACAAGCCCGGAUAUGACCUCAUCAACAACUACACCUAUUGUAUCUUCGGCGAUGGCUGUGCCAUGGAAGGUGUCGCGAGCGAGGCCGCUUCUACUGCUGGACAUCUGCAGUUGGGCAACCUGAUUUGCAUUUAUGACGACAACCAUAUUUCCAUUGAUGGUGACACCAAAGUCGCCUUCACUGAAGACGUCGAGAAGCGAUUCGAAGCCUAUGGCUGGCAUGUUCAACAUGUCAAGGACGGAGAUCACGAUCUGGAGGGGAUCGAAGCUGCCAUCGCCAAGGCAAAAGAAGCCAAAGACAAACCAUCCAUGAUCAAAUUGACAACCACUAUUGGCUUCGGCUCCAAGCUUCAAGGCACCGGCGGUGUGCAUGGCAAUCCUCUGAAGGCCGAUGACGCGAAACAAGUCAAGGUCAAGUUUGGUUUUAAUCCUGAAGAGUCCUUUGUCGUGCCUCAAGAGGUCUACGAUCUGUAUCACAAGCACGCUGCUGAAGGUGCUGCUGCUGAGGAAGCUUGGAAUGAGCUAUUCAAGAAAUAUUCGGCUGAAUACAAGGAUUUGGGCUCUGACUUCGGCCGUCGUUUGGCGAAGAAGCUACCGGAGGGAUGGGAGAAGAAAUUGCCCGCAUACAAGCCUACGGAUGCCCCUGUUGCCUCGCGGAAGCUUUCUGAGAAGGUCUUGGAGGACAUUCAUGAGGUUAUUCCCGAGCUCUUGUCAGGCUCUGCAGACUUGACGGGAAGCAACAACACCCGAUGGAAGAAUGCUGUCGACUUCCAACCUCCCUCACUUGGAAUCGGGGACUGGUCCGGACGCUAUCUUCGAUAUGGUGUUCGAGAACACGGAAUGGCUGGCAUCAUGAACGGCAUUUCUGCGUAUGGUACUCUGAUCCCGGCCGGGGGUACUUUCUUGAACUUUGUAUCGUACGCAGCUGGAGCGGUUCGUCUAUCAUCGCUCUCACACCAGCGAGUCAUCUACAUCGCUACCCACGACUCGAUCGGUCUCGGUGAGGAUGGCCCAACUCAUCAGCCAAUCGAGACACUAGUUCACUUCCGAGCACUCCCCAACAUGAUGGUGUGGCGACCUGCCGAUGGGAACGAGACUUCUGCGGCGUACUAUAUGGCCCUGACAUCCACAUCGACUCCAUCUAUUCUGGCCUUGACGAGACAGAACCUCCCUCAUCUCGAAAACUCCACGAUAGAGAACGCGAUCAAGGGUGGUUAUGUUGCUCUUGAGGCCGAGAAUGCUGAUGUCACCCUUGUGUCGACUGGUUCCGAGGUCGCUAUCUGCAUUGAAGCUGUCAAGGUUCUGAAGGACCAGUACGGCGUCACCACCCGGGUUGUCUCAAUGCCUUGCACAGAAGUGUUCGAUGCCCAGCCCAAGGAGUACCAGCUCAAGGUGAUCCCAGACGGCAUUCCAGCCAUGUCUGUUGAGGUCAUGUCUACUCUUGGUUGGGAGAAGUACUCGCACGAGCAAUUUGGCCUGAACCGAUUCGGUGCCUCCGGCCCUUAUAAGGACGUUUACAAGAAAUUCGAAUUCACUCCCGAGGGCAUUGCCAAGCGGGCCGCCGCCACUGUUGAUUUCUACAAGGGUCUCAAACCUCGAUCCCCAAUCAAUCGUGCUUUCCAACAACUUAUCUAG